GAGCUGUAGUGUGGGCGGUGCCGGAGCCGCGGCCGCUAUGGCCCCUGCAGCGGCUCCGGGCCCGGUCCGGUUCCUGUUGGUGCUGCUGGCGGCCGCCGCCCGCCCCGCCGCCGCCUGGGACCUGUGGGCGCUGCGCUGCGGCUUCUCGGCGGACUGCGAGUGUGGCUUCGGGCCCGACCUGCGCGGUCUGGAGUUUGACUUGGCCACCAACCUGGUGGGGCAGCCCCUGGUGAGGCAGCAGGUGAUGAAGGGGGUGAGAGAGUUCCUGGAGAACCCGAAUCCAGUGAAACCCCUCGUGAUGUCCUUCCAUGGCUCGACGGGAACAGGCAAAACCUACGAAAGCCUGAAGCGCUGGAUCCAAGGGAACUUGACCAACUGUGGACGGUCAGCCUUUCUCUUUGAUGAGAUGGACAAGAUGCACCCAGGCCUGAUUGAUGUGAUCAUCCCGUUCCUGGGACCCUCAUGGGUUGUGUACGGGACCAACUACCGCAAAGCCAUCUUCAUCUUCAUCAGCAAUGCAGGAGGGGAGCAGAUCAACAACGUGACAUUGGCUCUGUGGCGUGCUCGCAAGGACAGGGAGGAGAUCAGCCUGCAGGACCUGGAGCCAGCCAUCUCCAAGGCCAUGUUUGAAAACCCUCAGAGUGGCUUCUGGAAAUCUGGGAUCAUUAAUGAACAUCUCAUUGAUUUUGUUGUGCCUUUCCUCCCACUGAAGCACCACCAUGUAAAGCAGUGCGUAGUCAGCGAGCUUGUCCAGCAAGGCCUCGAAGUACGCCCGGGUGUUGUCCAGGAAGUGGCUGACAGCAUCCCCUACUUCCCAGAAGAAGAGAAAUUAUUCUCAUCAACAGGCUGCAAAACAGUGGCCUCUCGCAUCAGUUUUUUCUUCUAGUCACUGGCAAGGGCCUCUCUCAGAUCCAUACGGAACUAGAAAGCACCCAGGGCUGGUGGGAUGAGCAGUGGGAAUGGUGUGUCGCUCUCCACAGCACAAGUGCUCUCCUGGUGAACUCUCUCCAGCCCCAAGGAGGCCACUGCAGAAUGCAGCUGCGGGACCAAGUGCAAAUGAUGUGAUUUAAAGCACUUUAUUGGUUCACUCUUGGCCAGGUAAGGGUGGAUCCACCACCUGAUGCAUCUGUGAUGACAUGGGGAAGAAGCUCAGAGGGUCUGCAGUGUCAGGGAGGUUCUCACCCUGUCAACAGCACCCACCUGCAGCUCUCCCCACUUCUGGCAGCUGUUGAUACCGUUAAGAUUCUGAGCCCACAGAAGAAUAUUUCUUCCUUACAGCAUUUUAACAGUUUUAUAAAAAACCUUUUUAAGCGUAGCUAUGCCUCAGCUCCUUGGCACAAUGUGAGUGAGUACUGGUGCUGAUUCCUGUGAACACCUCAACAUGGCAACAAAGUUUUCUUUUCAAGGAAGUUUUAGAACCACCCACAUCCAGUUUCCUUUCACUGUGAAUAGGUGCUGGUAGGGACCAGUUUCAACAUCAAGUGAGAGGGGUAAUGUGGGAGAGGGCAAUACCUGAUCUGCCAUGAGCCAGGCUCCCCUACCACCCCUUCAUCCAUCUUUCCCCUAAGGGUUAAAGGAUUUCCCUGUAGCAAACCAGGAAAACAACAACAAAAGUCUUCUUGCUUUUUUUUACCAGCCAUGAAGAAUUUCAUCCUACCUCCAGGGAAGCCCACAGUGCUGCUAAUGGUUUUGAAAAUGCCUUUUAUUCAGUGAUGGUUUCUACAGCAGAGUUGGUGCUAUGAGCUGUGGAGCCUCUUGUACAUCCUUCUGCUGGUCAGACCUUGCAGGCUUUGGCUGGGCCAGCACCCGUUCAGCUUCUGGGGAGUGUCACAAUGGGGGACCUGGGGACAAGUUAGAGAAGAUUAGUGCUCCAGACUGCCAAGUAUGGGAUGUGCAGCCUGGCUUUUGCCCAGAUUUUGAUAUCCUCUGUGCUUUUAUGGAAUAAUAGGUCAGAGGAAGCAGAGUCAUUCACUCUCUAGGAACAACCUGCAUACGGGAUGGGUGUAGGGGUACUUCGCAAAGCUUGCAAUGCUCUGCUUUUCCCUGUACGGAAAUGAGCUGACAGUGCUUGGGACCAUUCCAGCUCCGGGCCCUGAGCUUUAGGGAUUUUAGACACCACCCAAAGGCUGCCCAGGAGCUGGCCAAAGACAGAGGCAAAAAUUCUGCCUCUUCCAAAAAUAUUACGCAUUUCUAAUUUUAAAAUAAAUCUUUUAAGAAAUAAA